AUGUUUGAAAUUACCCUGAACCCAUGUGCUCUUCUUCUAAGGCAGGCAGUGAUACCCUUCAUUCAGAUGGGCACCUACCAUGGCGAGCUCUACAUCGCUCCGAACGUUGUCGAAUUGAGAGCAGCCUCAGGUAGCGUUGUCUUAUUCCUGCAGAUGAAACCUUGGGUGUUACACACCUUUUCCUGCACUGAGAACCUCUGCCUUGGCUUCGACAUCCGUCACUUGUACCGCUAUCUCCUUCUCCUUCAAGCCAGGAAUGAUGCCUUUCUCCGUCUCACUGGUGAUGCCAGUGGUCACAUUGACUUUGUGCUCCUCGAUAUCAGAACUCAGCGAACUUUUCAACUUCACAUUCCAUUGCUUUCAAGGUCAAGUGUGAUGACUACGGUACCUCAGCUCCAAUAUCAAUAUCAAGUAAGGGUGGGUAUACCUGUGCAGCAGUUUAGGGUUAUUAUCUUGACGCUGUCCCGGUUCGGGGUCACAGUUUCUGCAACCGUAACAGAUACUCAAGUUCAGUUCUUUGUAGGAAAUGGAAAUGGGGGGAUGUUCACAUUUCCUAUUCUCAAGAAGCCGGAGCAGUGUAUUAUUGAGGGUGAUGUGGGGGCAAAUCCAGUUUCCUUGGUGCUCGAUCUCCGUCACACUAGUACAAUCCUGAAUGCUUCAGUCAUGUCAAAGACGGUGUGGUUGUUUUGCCAGUCCCAUGGUUCAUCUGUCAUGCUGAAUUGCCCUUUUGGUAGACUUGGUAACAUCUAUUAUUACUUUCCUGAAGCCUGA